AUGAGCACAUCAUCUCGACGAACACUUUCCUCAUCCUUAUCUCUUUCAACCUGUUCAGACUCCGAAAGUAGCAGCCCUCUGAAUCAGUUCUACGCUUCACAACCAAGAUCAAUGACAGGUUAUUCAUCUUUCACUACGACACUCAUUGCAGUGUGCCUUCUCUGCAGUGCUCAUGCUGUCCCUUCUUUAAAGGGUGAAACAUUGGAAACAACUGUACGAUGUAAUACUGAUUUCGUUGUUGCGAGAGGACUUAACUCAGGGGUUUCUCGUAUCGCCUGCAACGAAUGCGCUUUAUGUGUCUCUGAUGAUGAAUGUUCUACUGGAAAAUGCUGGGGAUACGUGAAGGGCGAACUCAAAUGCGUGUACGAUCACCCGGAGUCUAAAGCCAAAUGCUUCCCGCCGAAAAGCUUGUGCUCUUCAUGCCUAGUCGAUGACCAGUGUGCUUCGAAAAAAUGUUGGGGACAUAAGUGCGUCGAGAAAGACAUCAAGUCGAUUUGGAAGUGCUUUGGACAUUACCAUUAGGAUCGAAAUCUAGUCAUCCUGUAUUUUAUUGACAAGAUGGCUGCCCCGUAGUCGUCGUCUCUGGAUGGGACGAUUUCCUUCAUUCGAUUUCAUGUUGCCCUCAACGUCCUUCGCUUUCCAGAUCACAUUUCUGGGUGGGAAACCUCAGAGCUGUGGGCGGUCAUAGCUCUUGAGUUGCAGUUCUCUAGAUAGCUUUGUUCUCGGAACAGUCCGCAACGCUGCCCAUGGCGAGACAUUUGAUAAAAUAGCUACAUUGUUUGUGAAUUUCUGACGCGAACAGUUAGUC